UCACUUUUCUCCAUGCGAAAAUAUCAAACCCACAACUUGUGAGCCCUUUCCUCUCUUCUCCUAUCAACAAUCUACCAACAAUGGCAAUGAUUUUAGAUUUCUAUGUCUCGAGAGUCAUAAAAGUCACAGCAGACAUGGUGGAGGCAGAGAUAUUCAAGGUGCUCGGCGUUGACAAGGAGAUCAAAACUCUUCAAGGAAGGCUAAGGACAAUCAAUGGUUAUCUCCAUCAGGCAGAAAGAAAGAGACAGGGAAAUGAUGAAAUUGAUAUAUGGGUGAGGAAGUUAAAAGAUAUUAUGUAUGAUGCUGAUGAUAUUAUUGAUCUAUGUAUGAUCGAAGGAGGGAAAGUAUUAAGGGCUCAAGCCUCAUCAGGGUCAUCAACUGUAAGCAUCCCUUCCAGUUAUCUCUUUUCAUGCUUUCGCUGUCUUAGAUAUCGUCAUGAAGUUGCCAAUCAAAUUAUUGCAUUGAAUGGUAGAUUGGAAGCUCUGAAAAAUGAUUCUUUCAUAAAAAAUAACUUAGAUCAGACAGUGAAAGAACCUGUUGAAAAUACUCACAGAGUAUUUGGACGGGAAACAUCUCACCUACAAGUAGAAGGAGAUAUUAUUGGGUCACAAAUUGAAAAUGCUACUGAUAAGUUAAUUAAUUUGAUACUCGAGAAUAACCCAAAAAAAACUCGUGUUUUUGGAGUUGUGGGGACUGGGGGAAUUGGAAAGAGCACUCUAGCAAGCAAAAUAUUUGAGGAUGAAAGGAUCAAAGAGAACUUUCCCAAUAGAAAAUGGUUAUAUGUUUCUAAGAACUACAUUGAAACUGAUUUAUUAAAGAAGUUGAUUAGAUUUGAGGAAGGAAGUGAAACCAAAGGAGAAACCUUUGAAGGCAAAAGUAAAGCAGAAUUAGAGGAUAAACUUGUGACGGUUCUCACAAAGAAUACUUUCAUUGUAUUAGAUGAUGUAUGGAAUGCAACUGUAUGGAUAGAUAUCUUGAGAAAACCUAUAGUUAAAGGUGCAAGUAGCUGUACGAUCUUAGUUACCUCUAGAAAAGAAAAAGUUGUAACGCUAAUGAAACCCACACAUAUCCACCCGGUCGAAAAAAUGAAUGAAGAAAGCGGUUGGAAUUUGCUUAAACAUUUGGUGUUUGAAGGCGGAGAGGAAGAAGAUGAGAUUUCAAAUUUGGAAGAAAUAGGGAUUAAACUUGUUAAGAAAUGUGAUGGAUUGCCUCUUGCAAUUAAAGCUAUUGGAGGAGUUUUAUACCAACAAAAUAAAGCAAAAUGGGAGGAGGUUCUUGAAAGCGAUGCAUGGAAGAUGGAUCAAAUUGAAGAAGAAUUAAGGCCUUUAUACUUGAGUUAUGAAGACUUACCAUCUACACUAAAACAAUGUUUCCUCUAUUGCUCUUUGUACCAUCAAAAAGACAUGUAUUAUAAGGAGAUUGUUCAGUUUUGGGUAGCUGAAGGUCUUAUUAUGGAUGAGCAAGAGAAGUCGAGGAAUGAUCUUCCAACUGAAAAACAAAAAACGAUGGAAGAUAUAGGGGAGGAGAUCUAUAGGGAGUUAAUAUGGAGGAAUCUCUUGGAAGCUGAUGCACUUGUAGAUGCGUCCAAGGAUUACUUUUCUAUGCAUGAUCACUUCCGAUCUCUCGGUGCACAUUUAAUGAGAGAGGAAGGGAUUUUAUAUCGACAUGGUAGAGAGUUCAAAACAGAUGAUAAUAUAAAGAUUCGCCGUUUGUCAAUCUCUAAUAUGGGACCCAAGCUAGUGUUACCCUCUCAGAUUCUAAAACAAGGUUGUUUGAGAACUUUAAUUCUCAUGGACUCCUCUAAAACUAAGACUAUUGAAGAUAGUCUACUGCAAGCAUUAUCAUGCUUGCGAGUUUUGGAUCUCACUAGCACAUCCAUUGAAAAAAUUCCGGAUUGCAUUGGGGAUUUGUUGCAUUUAAGAUAUUUAGAUCUUGAUGGGACAAAUAUUCGUGAGAUUCCAGCGACUAUUGGGAAUCUUGUAAAUCUUCAGACUCUAAAUAUCUCCGAGUGUCAGUACUUGGAAAGGCUUCCCAAGUCCAUCACUAUGUUGCAUAAUCUAAGAUGUCUUGAGAUGAGAAAUACUCCACUGCUGACUUAUGUGCCCAAGGGAAUUGGAAAACUGGGAAAUUUCUAUAAUCUUCAGGGAUUUCUGGUGGGGCAGAAUGACUCGAUCUCUGAAGAAGGCUGUGACUUGGAAGAGCUGAAAAAUCUCUCCAAAUUGAGAGGCAUAAGCAUUUUCAGGCUUGAGAGGGCAGAAAGAGGAGCCUCUGCACUUGCAGACAAACCUUUCCUUAAGCAGCUAACGCUUGGAUGGAUGCAGCCAGAUGAAGAUGAUGCAGAUGAGGAGGAAGAAUCAGAAGGUGCUAAUGAAGUAGGCGCCGACGAAGAGGCUGAUAAUGACGGCAAUGAUGAUAAAGAUGCAGGCAAUGAGAAAGGGGAUGACAACGAUGAUGGCUCAAAACAAGAAAAUGAAAAUGAGGAAGCAGAAGAAGCAGGCAACGAAACAGAAGAUGAAACUGAGGAGGACGAGGCGGAGGAAGAAGAAAAAGGAUGGAGCGAUGAGCAAAUUAGCAAAGCCGAGAGGAUAUGCAAUGAAAUGUCUCAGCCUUCAUCAAGCAUAGAAGACCUUUUCUUCUAUGAGUAUCCCGGACGACAGCUCCCGAGCUGGAUGAUAUCCUCUUCCCUGGCUGAAUCUUUUCCAAACUUGGCAUAUUUGCAGCUCCUUGGUUUGCCAUGUUGCACAGAGCUCCCUCCCUUUGGCACACUGCCCCAGCUGAAGUACCUCAGAAUUGAACAGGCAAGCGCAAUAACCGCCAUCGGUUCUCAAUUCCUCGGCUCAAGAAGUUCUGUGUUUCCCAAACUUGAAUUGCUCAGAUUCGUAGGCAUGCCUAAAUGGGAGGAAUGGACGUUAGAUGGAGUAGAGGAGUUAACUGGUCAUGGAACACCACUUGCAGUGAAGUUGUUUCCAAGUCUCAGGGAUUGUAUUCUCAUAGACUGUCCAAAGCUAAGGGCUCUUCCUGCAGAUCUCUACCGCGCCACCAACUUCAGUGAAUUGUGCCUGCGCCAAACGUAUGAGCUAGGAGAAAUAAUCAAUCUCCCCAUGGCGAACAAGCUCGAGGUGACAAAUGCUAGUGGGUUGAAGAAGAUAUCCAACAUCUCCUCAGUAAGAUAUCUUGAGGUUGAUAAUUGUCCCAACUUGGAGUGCGUGGAAAAUAUUGGCAAGCUGCAGCAUUUGGUGUUGAUAUGUUCAGAGGAAAUGGAACAGCUCCCGCAGUGGUUAUCGGUCUUGAUCGAGCAGCACAACAACACAUCAAGCACUCACAGGAGUCUCAGAAAAUUCGAGAUGCAAUGCAGCCUGCAACUACUGAAGACCUGUCUUGAGGGCAACGAGAAUUGGGACAUCAUCAAGCAAAUUCCUAUUGUCAAAGUCACAACAUAUUCUGAAAAAGAAUAUAUACGCUAUACCAAGGAUCCCUACAUGUAUGAUCCGCACGUUCCUGCUAAUUGAGAAAGGUUUGUAUCAGUAAAAGUAUCAGUUUGUGUUUAACUGUAUUGGCGAAUAAUGCUGUUUCAGCGCAAGGUGUGAUUUCUAUAGUGCUGUUUGUAUUUGCUUUCUUCUGCAUUUGGUUGCAAGACUGUUUGUUCAGAAUAGCCGCUCUUCCCUUGGUGUUGUUCAAGAGAAGAAAAGAAAAUUUUGUGAUUUAUACUUUAGUUUGAAGUACUUUUUGCAAAGUCCAUCAGUCUAGUCACGUCUAUCCCUGUUAGUAUCGUCAUCAUCUUCAGUGAGCUUAGUAUGAAGUAUGUUGUACAAUUGAAGCAGUUCAUCUCACCCCAUGUUCAUAUCAAGUGUGUUUGCGUCUUCCAUGUUGGUAAAUAAAUGCUAUUAGGUGCGAGUAUUUUCCAUGUUGAUCAUUUCUACCAUACACUUUGUAUUUGUUUCCUUGCAUUUGAUCUAGUGUUGGUGUGAUGAGAAGCCAUUUCUUUCUAAACAUAUUGCUUUAAAAAGUACCCGUGCAGUCUCAUUAACAUAGUGGAGUUAACAACUACUAAAAUUCGUCUUGAUCCGUGUAUGUCUUUUGUUUUUAUUUAUUUGUUGUCGUCGUUGUAUUUUAUUUAUCAGUGACUAAGGCUAUUCAGCUAGAUGUAAUGGAUUUAGUAUUCGUUCAACAUGUCCUUUCGUACAUUGUAUACGUUUCUUAGCCAUCGCUUAGGUUGAGGAAUCCAUUGUGUUGGUUUAACAAAUCAACUGCACGCCGUCGUCUAAGAGAUUUAUCGAAAUAGACGAAGCAACUGAUGGAAGAUCUGCAAUUACAAGAUCAGACAGAGACACCCCAUGAAAGAAGCCCAGUGCAGAAAUAGUCGAGAGGGAAAGAUGAUCCUGGUCAUCAUGUGCUCACUUGAAAAACAGUAACGAAUAUGAAGGUCUCAACUCUCAGUUAUCCGUGUUUCGAACCACAAACAGUUUGUUUGUUGCAUGAUC